AUGGCAACUUCAGCGACCAAUAAUUCAAUUCCAAAUGAGGAAUUUGAUAUUAAUGUUUCACCGACUAAGACCACAAUUCAUGUACUUCAAUGGAAUGUUCUUGCUCAAGCACUCUCAUACACUAAGGGCAAUUUCGUCCGUGUUAGUGAUGAGGUAGUCGAUUUUGAAACACGUAAAUGGCGUAUCCUUGAACAAAUUAUUAUCCGUCGACCAGAUCUAUGUGCAUUGCAAGAAAUGGACAUGUAUGAUUGUUUUUUUAAAGAUGAAUUACCAAAAUAUGGUUAUGCAUGUUUUUUUGUGCCCAAGACCAAUUCGAAAUGUCUUUUAUUUAAAGAUGAUACCAAAAAUUUCAAGGGUCCUGAUGGCACACUUUUGUGUUAUAAAACUGAUGUAUUCGAGAAACUCAGUGAGUAUGGAGAACAGUUGCCAGACGAUGGUCGACGCGAAAAACAGAUGUUUGCCGUCCUUGAUCUGAAACAUAAACAUUCAUCGAAAGAGAUCCUUUUUAUUGGAACUCACUUUAAAUCUAAAAAGGAAUUUAAAACAUCUCGAACACAUCAGGCCAAAGCCAUUGUUAACUUUAUAAACGAGAAAUAUUCAGCACGAGAACAUGUGAUUGUAGCUGGUGAUUUUAAUGGGGAUAUGGAUGAACCUUGCUAUUCUGAAUUUCUAAAUUUUGGUUUCCAGAGUGCUUAUAGAACAAAACUGAAUGAUAAGGAACCAGAAUUUACUACUUGGAAAUUUAAAGGACGUGAUGAAACCGAACGUGAACAAUGUAAAGCAAUUGAUUAUAUUUUUUAUAAGCCAAAAGGAUUUACACCCAAGGCUAUUUUACAAUUUCCAAACAAAAGUGAUAUUGGACUAAAUGCUCUUCCAUCGAUCCAUUAUCCGUCAGAUCAUCUAGCUCUUGAAGUUGUGUUUAACAUUGAACAAUAA